AUGACUGUCGCGAACGAAAGGAAGGACAUUGAGCUUCUUCAUCCUACAGUGAAGCGACUUCGACUAUCCAAUGAUCAUAUGGUAUCACCCGGCAUAAUUCCAGUCCUGGGUAAAAAGCAUUGCCCACCAGCACUUCCAAACGAGCUAUGGCACAAAAUAUUCGAUCUACUGCCGGUCCUUGAAAUUAAAGCAUUCCGUGCUACUUGCAAGCUAUGGUCUGUGGUAGGGGAACGUCACUUGUUUCCCAUAUUCCGAUUCAGCCUUCGGCGGGAUGACUUUAGCCGAUUUGAGCAGGUUGGUAGCAGGGGAGCGUUUCUGAAAGGUGUUAAGGAGCUCUAUAUUGAAGCAGGCAAGACUGGAAUUCUCUGGAUUACGGAGUCACUUGCUUUGCUAUACCAUGGCCAGCAGAUGAUACACGGCCGCAAGCAUGAGAACGAAGUUGCGAUGACAAAUGCGAUUGCUGAAUACGCCGAAUGGAAUGUCGCUGCUUACGAAAACGACAACAACUUCAGAGAUAUUCACCUUCUGAUAGAUACAUUUCGAUCCAUCAAAGCUCUCGACUCAGUGUAUAUCACACGGAGGUCUCCGAGAAUCCAUAGUCGUAUGUUGCUUCAAGCCUGGAGUCUUUGCCGACAAGCGGACUACUUUCGAAGGGCGGAAUCUGAAUUUGAAGUCCUCCUAAAUGCCUUAGAGCGCAGCGGCAUCACACUGAAACACCUUAGCCACGAUCAGCUUCCGGUCACAUUCUUUAAGAGAGAUUUCCAGGACGUCGAACGAUUCAUGAAACCUCUUGAAGGACUCCAGUGUCUGCAUAUUACAUUCGAUGCUACAGAACCGCCACGAAAAGCAUUUUGGGUUGGGCUGGGUCAAUUCCUCCAGUCACUUCCACGUUUAAUGGAUCUUCGAUUUGGGUUCUUCCCAAUUUGCGAUAUGUUUCGAAAUGGCAGAUCCUGGCAGAGUUGCGAUGAUAUGACGACCUGGUACGUUCCGCUUUGGAAAAUCUUGGGCACUUUCACAUGGAAAAAAUUAAAGAGCCUCAGAAUGGAUGGAAUGGUGUUCUGCGAAGCUGGAUUGUUGGAACUUCUUGAGAGACAUGCUUCAACUCUGAAUACUCUGGAACUAUCAAAUAUUGGUUUUCGGUAUGGUAAUUUCAAGCGAUUCUUCGUUUGGCUAAAGUCGCUACUGAGAUUAAGGACAUUCAGUGUGUGGGGGUAUAUCCAAGCCUACCAAUGCCGCCAGCAGAAAUGGAUGAUACGACCGCGUAUCUUCCCUGGAGAUAAAGCCUGGGAUACUCGUGCGACCGGAUUCUACCAAGACUUCUUCCUAAUAUUCACCAACUUACAUGGUGCUCAGGAAUACCCUAAAGGUCUUCUCAGCGAGGCGUUGCAGGCUUUCGUCUUACAGCAGGGACCUUGGCCAGCCCAAUUCUCACUACCUAUGCCUGAGCUUGAUUCUAGAGGGCUGUCAGCCGGUAUAUCUGAUAGGGCUACCAUAAAUCGGAUAUGGGACGAGCUCCAAGACGGCAUAGACGAUAUCAAGUGGGAACUGGGUCGGGAAGAUGACGUCGAUAUACACGGAGAGGAGAUCCUCGAAUACUAUGAUUCUGACGGCUACGAUGUGCACGGCUUUGACAUUGAUGGAUACAAUCGCGCAGGUGUCUUUCACACUGACCCAUCCUUUCUGGUACCGAAUAGCCUCAGCCGAAUCUCUUUUGUGACUGCCAAGAGAAGAAUUCUCCGACGGAUCAAAGACAAGAUUCCACGCUUGGAUGGUGUCAAAAUUGGGACUUGA